AUGCCUGACCCAGCGAAGAAAAUAAAUUCGCUAUUAUUUGACGAAGGCACCACAUAUAAGACCGACUUCCAGACAUUUCCAUUAAGAGAUUAUCCUAAAACAGUUUAUAAGCCAAAGAAAAGUUGGUACGUCAGGGGGCAGCCGGCGUACAGAAACGUCCACACUCUUACCCCUUGGAAGGGCACUAUGCCAGAUUUUGGUGCUCUUCACAAAGCCAAGGACGUCGUGAGAACCAAUCCUUGGACUGUUCAACCGCCUUAUGAAAAGCCAAUAGACGCGGACCGGGAAAAGGCGCAAAUGUCUCGUCCACGUUUAGUCAUGACGCCUGCCGUUAGCAUGGACGACAUCAAGGAUCCACGAGCUCGUGAAAUACUUUGCACAGAUAUGUACAUGAGUGAUAUGACGAAAGGUAUGAAAGAGGCUGUGGCGCCUUAUACGAAUGUGCGCGCGCCGUUUCCUGGUCUUCCAGCUCCCGCUAACCCUAUUGUCAUGCAAAAACUGCAACCGCCGACGGUGUCGCCAGAAUGGCGGAUGGACAGCGUUCAGUGGGACGGACGACAACUUAGGAGCUUCUGUGACGUCACUAGAGACUUCUGGCUGUCUCAUAAACUUCCCAGAUGUCGGGUCUGCGAGGAGACAAAGAUAGUCAAAGACUAUAGGGAUAAUGUGCGGCGAAUGAAGCAGAGAAAAUAG